UAUCAGACCAUCCUGAAAAAAAAACCAUCGCCCCCUCCGCCCCUUCGACCCUUCGACCCUUUCAAGAAUUUGCGUCUCAUCUCCUGUUGUCGUGGAUUAGCGAUACUCGGCCUGCGCUGUCGCCACCGAAUCUUCAAUGCAGAAUUGAUAAGAGUUGCGUCAUUGAUUACACCCGUCGAAGAAGAAAAAAAGACAGCAAUGUCCGUUCUUUGGACUCAAGUCAGCGGAUCAUCGGCCGCAGAGACGGUGCCGUUGACGCCGCGCGAAGCAGCAUCGGGCCUGCUGGGCUCGGUCUCUCUCACCUGCUGGAUCUUUCUGCUGGUAUGUGAGAAGCCUGUUUUGUCCGACCGAGACAAGACCGGAUCCAGUCAUACUGACACACCGCGCUCCUUCUCUUGCCAGGUGCCCCAACUCAUAGAAAACUACCGCAACGGCAAUGCCGAAGCCAUCUCCUUCCUGUUCCUGUUCGUCUGGUUCGUCGGGGACGUGGCCAACCUGAUCGGAGGCGUCUGGGCCGGCCUGGUCCCUGUCAUCAUCGCCAUCGCCGUGUACUUCUGCAUCGCCGACGGAGUGCUCAUCACGCAAUGCCUGUACUACAAGGCGCGGAACGCCAGCCCCUACGCCGUCAACCGACGCCGAUCUUCCGUCGAGACCCCCGACCCGACCACCCCCUUGCUGGGCCGGCGCUUCAGCGACAAUCUGCCGGACAAUGCGACGGGUCGUCGUCGCUCAUGGACAGCGCAGCAACAAGCCAACAGUGGCAAUCGGGAUGCCGACGGAACGCUGGCCAAGAUCGUCGAGGAAAACGACACGGGUCGCAACGCCUGGGUCAAGAACAUCAGCAGUGUUCUGGCUAUCUGCUUGAUAGGAAUGGCCGGCUGGACGGUCGCAUGGCAGUCGGGGGUCUGGAAACCCGCUCCUGAGGAAAACCACGGCGGUGUCGAAAUCGCCGCCGGUGCGCAGCUGGUGGGAUACUUCAGCGCGAUCUGCUACCUCGGCGCGCGCCUCCCACAAAUCUACAAGAACUACUGUGAUAAAUCAUGCGAGGGCUUGUCUCUUUUGUUUUUUAUUCUGUCGCUCAUUGGAAACCUGACCUACGGUGCUGGGAUUCUGUGCCACUCUACGGAGAGGAACUAUGUCAUCACCAAUGUUCCCUGGCUGAUUGGAUCCCUGGGAACCAUGGUCGAGGACAUCACGAUUUUCGUGCAAUUUCGCCUCUACGCUACUGUCGACUCAACCGCCGCAGUGGUAUAGAUAUAGGGCUGGCUGUCUUUUUGUGUUUGAUGUAAAAUCCCACACGCUAACCGGUUAGCGCGUUUGGAAGUGCGUUGCGCGCAGCUUAUCGAUUGUUCGUGUCUUUUGGCGCUUGAUUAUCAAAAAAGUUGAUUGGAUUUCGGAGCCUGGCAUUUUGGAGCUACCUUGCAUUUGCAAGUCCUCAAGAAAUAAAAGUUGGACGGUUGGGAGCAGGCGUGGCACUGUUGGUUUCGCUUUACAUGUGGCUGUUGAUAUAUAGAGAUUUUCUUUCUUUUUUUUACUUCUGCACCAGGACAAGGCGUUUGGCAAAGGGAGCAGGUGAAUCGGAAGGUUCUAUAGUGAUACAGAAAAUGCAGACGGAAACCUUUUUGUUCAUGGUCGCAUGACAGACAUGGCAUGAGAGCU